AUGAAGUUAAAUCUUGCUACAGCCACUUUAAUUUUAGCAGCAGUCUCCCACGUUGCAGCGUCACCUGCAGCUGCUUCCUUGCCAGGUACUACAGUGCUCACUCAAAGAGAGAUUAACACUGCAAACCAUGCCAUUGCCAGCCUCAAUUCCUUCAACAAGAAAAGAUCACUUAUGACAAACGAGGAGAUUGCCAAGAGAGAAAGUCAAAUAGUUACUGAUGUAUUGGCAGCUAUCAAAGAUACAAACUUGGCUCCAGGUAUCAUAAAGUAUUUUAUUAACGAUCCAACAUUAACCAAAAUUGCAACAGAUGUUAUUGUAACUGCUAUCAAGAGCGGCUGGAUCAAUCUUAGUACCUUGUUGAAAUCGCUUAAUGACUCUGGGUUAGCUGUUGAUGUUAUUCAGAAUUUGAUUAGUGACUGUGCAUUUUACGCUGAAAUUUUCAAAUUGGUUGCUCAACAAUUAGCCAACUUGCCACAAUUGAUUGCUAACUUGUUGGGAUUGAAUUCAAGUGAGGUUUCACUGGCAGUUGCUAAAUCAAAGAGAGAUGCUUUACAAGAUUUGGUUUUUGCUAGGGAUGAGCCAGUAGAAACCUUGUACACAAGAGACGGUGAAGCAAUUUUGACUUCAUUGAUGGAAUCGCUUAAAUCUUCGGGUUUGGCUAAUCAAGUUGUGCAGGCUUUAGUUACAGAAGACUCAUUUUAUUCCUGGGGUGCUUCAUUAAUUGAAUCAUUGUUCAAAAACAAUGCAAUUUCAUUGACUGAGUUGAUUUCAGCUUUGCUUGAAUCGGGAUUGAUUCCUUCAUUGAUUGAAAAUUUCUUGAAUUUCGAUACACUAAAGACGGUUGUUGUUACUGCUUUGGCUGCGGCUUUUGGUAAUUGUAAAGAUACUACAGUAUCGUCUACAUUUGCAACCACUCCUACUGCUACAGCUACACCAACAGUUACAACUGGUACUGCUAACUUGAGCACCUUGACUACCUUUACAGGUACUCCUAUUGUCACUGGUACAUUAACAACAACUGCUCAACCAACUUUGGUAACUUCAACUACAACAGCAAAAGUCUGUAAGAAGAAGAGAAGAAGAGCAUAUUAA